AGUUAAAAUUAAUGUUCAACUAUCGGUCAGUGCAUUUAUUGCCAACAUUUCUCAAACUUGUUUUGCCAGUAUUUUGCAAGAUGGAAUUAAUUUACGGCAUCGCAGGGUUUAUUUGUCAGUUUAGUUGUGGUUCCUGUGUCAAGCUUCUCAGAUGAUCCAGAUACACAGAAAUUAUUAGCCAUCUUAGCUGAGCAACGCGAUGAUAUUUUGCAGUUGAAAGAAACGGUGUUGCGCGUAGAAAAUGACAACAAAGAACUAAAGAAGGAAAUUCAUUCUCUCAAAGGGAAAAUAGAACAUCAUACAAGGCAUAAUGCUAGCACUGCAAAUAUGUCUCCACGACACAAAAGACUAUUGCUUGAUCCAUUGAAUGAAUACACAGAAAACCAAAGAGUAGCUUUCACCGCCAAACUAUCAAAACACAUGACGAACCUUGGCAACAACCAACCAAUAGUUUUUGACGCAAUCGUGACGAACGUUGGACAGCACUACUCUCCAAACACUGGCGUAUUUACUGCACCAACCAAUGCCACUUUCUAUUUCUUUGCGAGUAUUAUGAGCCACUCCGGUAAGGCACUCGAGUCUGAGAUAGUCAAGAAUGGAGUAAGAAUGGUGAAGAUGUAUUCAUAUGAUACCGCACACGAGCAAGGCACCAAUAGUGUGGUCCUUCAGCUUAGUGCUGGAGACGAAGUCUGGGUUCGUCAUACCCUUAAUGUUGGCACAAUGGUGUACGGAAAUACCUGGUCCACAUUCUCAGGUUUCCAAAUAUCUGACAGUUAUUAUCUGUAAAUGAAUACAGAAUAUAAAUAAUAUUUCAGAUAUUAA